AUGUUUAGAAGUCGGAGCUGGUUUGGAGUUGGUUUGUGGAAGCCUAAGAACCCUCAUUCAUUGGACCAUUUAAAGUACUUGUAUAAUGUCCUAUCUAAAAAUCAGACAGUGUCUGAAAGCAAUCGAGGACUUCUAGUGGAAACACUACGAUCAAUUGCUGAAAUUUUAAUUUGGGGUGACCAAAAUGAUAGCAGUGUAUUUGAUUUCUUUCUUGAAAAGAAUAUGUUGUCAUUCUUUCUGAAAAUAAUGAAACAAAAAUGUGGUAGCUAUGUUUGUGUUCAACUUCUACAGACACUCAACAUAUUGUUUGAAAAUAUUCGAAAUGAAACAUCACUGUACUAUCUCCUGAGUAAUAAUCAUGUCAAUUCAAUUAUCGUGCACAAGUUCGAUUUUUCUGAUGAGGAAGUUAUGGCAUAUUACAUUUCAUUCUUAAAGACACUGUCACUAAAGCUCAAUGGCCACACCAUUCAUUUUUUCUAUAAUGAGCAUACCAAUGACUUUCCUUUAUAUACAGAAGCAAUAAAGUUUUUCAAUCAUUCUGAAAGUAUGGUACGAAUUGCUGUUAGAACACUUACAUUAAAUGUCUACCGAGUUGAAGAUCGGUCAAUGUUGAGAUUUAUUAGGGAUCGUACAGCCGCACCAUAUUUUUCUAAUCUGGUCUGGUUCAUUGGCAAUCAUGUUCUGGAACUGGAUGCUUGCGUUCGCAAUGAUGCUGAUCAUCAAAGUAAAAAUCGUUUGGCCGAUCUGGUUGCUGAACAUCUUGAUCACCUUCACUACUUGAAUGAUAUACUCUGUCUGGGUAUUGCUGAUCUUAAUCAAGUUUUGACAGACCAUCUGCUGAACAAACUCUUGGUUCCUCUCUAUGUGUUCUCAUUGGAUAGACAAAAGACGAGAUCCUCAUCACCUAAGAAUUCUCAGCCUUAUGUUAGCAGUGUAGUGUCAUUAUUUCUUCUGUCCCAAGUCUUCCUUAUACUUACACAUGCUCCUCUCGUGGACACAUUAGCCAAAAUUAUCCUUCAUGCUGAUCGACUAAUUUUUAGCAACUCUUCGACCCAGGAUAAAAUUGUCCUUCUUCAACAGGGUAAAGCAAGUGUCAUUCAGCCGGGCUUCUUGCCACCCACAGAAUCCUUAGAAAUUUCAUUAGAAAUCUCUCUGGAUGUUUCCUCAAGAUCUAUGAGUGCCGAUAGUGCUGAGUUAGCUUCACCGUGCACCUCAGAACCUCGUUCAAGACAACCCUCCCUGGACGAUGGAACUGGUACCACUGACAAAGGCUCUGAGGAAAAAGUGGACCAUGAUAAGGACAAUACAGAGGCAAAUUUAAACAUAACUGAUGAAGAAAAACAUUUACUCAAAGUUCUUGAGUGCCAAUCAGGUCCAUUGGCCUGUCCCUCAUCCACCUGUGGAGAUAGUAAUGCAGCCCCCAGUGAAGGGCCCUUGCUCUUGAGUCCCGAAGGUCCGGUGCCUCUUGCUCAACCUCUGAGCAACCAGCCCUUUAUAGAGUCAGUUUAUAAUGCCUUAAACUGUCAAGAAAAUGACUAUGCUGCUCUCUUUGCUCUUUGCCUUCUUUAUGCACUUGGUAAAAACAAAGGUGUUAGUGGAGCUUUGUUGCAUGGGGUAUUGUACCCUUGUCAAAGACCAGAUACACCCUGUACACCACUGUUGAAUCGAUACAACUUGUCGUUGGUGGAAAAAAUCGUGGCUAUAAUCACUUUAAGCUGUCAACCUAGUGCGAAAGUGAGAUUGGUUACUCUUGAGCUGACAAUAAGACUUCUGACUCAAAUUGUCAUGAAUGCAAAUGUAAGCUUUCUACAAGAUGGUCAUCUUGCUGCUAUUGAAGGUGCUAAGGAAGAAAGUAGUUCAGUUCUAAGAAAUUUCUACAAGAGUGAGGAAAUUUUUUUGGACAUGUUCGAAGAUGAGUACCAUCAAAUGAAAAAAAAGCCACUGAAUGUUGAGUGGCUAACCAUGGAUUCAAAUGUGCUGUUACCACCCACAGGAACACCACUGACUGGCAUUGAGUUUGGGAAACGCUUACCAUGUGGUGAAGUUGAACGCGCCCGUAGAGCUAUACGUGUUUUCCUAAUGGUGCGAGACUUAUCAUUGGUGCUUGGAAUGGAGUCAGAGCGAGCUUUGCCUUUAACAGACUCUUCAACUUGUGUCCAAGUUGACCAUGUGUUAAACUUAAAUAACAGUGAUCUCAUAGGAUGCAAUGUGGUCCUGAAGGAUGGAUCACGAAUGCAUCGUUUCCUUGUGAUAGAUGUGAUUCAACUUAUUUUAGUGGAACCAACCCGUCGUCUUGGAUAUGGUGUAGCUAAGCUGGUUGGAUUUUUACAGGAUAUUGAAGUGACAGGGGACAAGGACGAUUCCCGGUGCCUACACAUCACCAUUCAUCAGCCUUUAUCAUCUGGAAUAUCCAAAAGAGUACCUUUACUUUCUGCUAAAUUUAUUUUUGAUGACCAUAUUCGUUGCAUGGCAGCAAGGCAGCGUUUAACCAAAGGUCGAGCAAAAGCACGUCAAAAAAAGAUGGUUCAAAUUGCACGUUUGUUGGAUAUUCCUGUCCCUCAGUCUACAGCAUCAAGCUCUGCUGCAUUUAAUCUUCAUGCAGCUCGUCGACAAGAAUCUGCUUUAAGAGGAGGCAUUAGAAUAGCUGGUGGUCGAGAACAACGUCAAGUAUACAAUGCUCAAAAGUUACCUGGCCAUGCUGCAGCUCUGCGUAGAGAGAACACACCAUCUCCUAGCAAUGCAUCAAAAUCACCUGACCGAACUCGUGUUCGAGAUUCAAGUCGGUCGAGAGAAGCAUCUCCAAAGCCCAUGCGUCCAAGAAGUGAAGAGAUCCCUUUAGAAGACAUAGCCAAAGUUAAAGACCAGGGUUCCGUAAGCUUUAAGGAUAAUUCACCUCUUCUGCCUGUGCCAAUGACAUCGUCCAUCCUAACAUCAAACACUUCUACACUAUCCCCAUCUCAUGUGUCACUUCAAUCCUCAGCAAUGAGCGAGUCUGCUGGUCCUUCAACUCCUUCAUCACACUCGCCUGCUAAAGUAUCAGAGGAAACAUCAUUUACCAGCAGAGCUUCUUCCCAGAACAGCAACAGUGGUGGACAAAGACGUCGAGGUCAAGUAGAAACAGUUUAGCUUGUCAGUUACUAAAACUCUCGGGUGACUUCUUUCCUGUAGGAGACUGAAAUAAUGUAUAUUUUGUUCAGUAUUGAGACGAAAAUACCUACACAUCACAUGUCUGUCAAACUGCUAAUUUUGGGCUAUUUCGUUUAUUUUUAUAUAAACUGUAUUGAUUUUAAAAUUUGCCUGGCAUUCCAGUAUUUGACACAUGAGGCACUACAUCCCAACUUUUUUUUAUGUAUUGUGUGACAUAUGUAUUAUGAAAAGAAACUUAUUGUGCUCAUAUUUAGAAUGAUGCAAUUUUAUGAGGCUUGUUAUCAAAUAUGUGAUAUUGUUCAAGCUUUUAUAGGAAUCAGAUAACUUUUAACUAAUGGUUGUGUUUUAUUAUUAGUCUGUUAAGUUUUGUACGCUGGUACGUACCAUCGUGAAUUAAAAAUAUGAAGAGUACUAUUAAAAAAAUUAUUCUAAUUCCAAUCCAACUUUGUGCUCAUGAAUGCAUUACCUAUCAUGUCAGAAAGAUUGUUACAGAUGAGAAUACUGUUAGUGGGAGGAUUGAUGUCAAUGUAUAUUUUAUGGCGUAAUGUCUGUUUGGGAGACUUGUCUGUCAUUCAUGCUUUCUAAUUCUGGCAUAUCAUAGCUUUGUCCUUUGAACUUUGUUGUGACUGAAAGCAGAGAACUCCUUUCAUUUUGAGUUCAUGAGCUUAGAAAAAGAACUUACUGCAUGGCUCAAAGAGUAAGAUACCUACCAUCUGGUUCAGAUAGUAGGACUGUUUUGGGUUAAAAUGUUUGGAAAGUAUAUUGUUUUCAUAUAUGAAAGCCAAGAAUUUAUUUUUAUAAACACAAAAAUGUCACUGUUAGUUCAUUGUCAAACUCAACCUCUUGUUUCAUUAUUGUUAUUUUAUUCUUUUUGUAUGUUUUUUAAGAUCAGAAAUGUGCAAGAAUUCUGUUUGUUUGCUUUGAAUUCCAAUUAAAGUGAUAAACUUCAAACAAGA